AGGAAGGGAAAUGCAGCCCUGGUAGAGACCUUUGUGUGACAGGGCAUGUUUCGGUCCCCAAGAGCUCCUGGGGAGGAAGGUUUGCUCUGUGGGGAGGCUGCACCCUCCUUCUUCCCCCUCGUGUUUGGGGGUGGAUUCACGUUCCCCCUCUGAAACAUCCUGAGCUGGCAAAAUACAUCCGCUGGCCUCAUCGGCGAGGCCUCUUUGAAAACACCUGGGUUGCGAUGCUGCGUUCGAUGGAGCCAGGCCUCGCCGGAGAGCAGCGCUGAGGAUCUGUCUGUGCGUGCUGCUGGUCUGCUCGCCUCGGGGGACACCACUGAGGUCCUAACGCUGCCCAGGCGUCCAAAAUGGUCAUGCAAAGACACCACCUCACCUGCGCAGGAAUAGCAUUCGCUCUCUACCUUCAUCACCUCGUCAGCACCAUCGAAGUCCCUCUGGAUUCAAGUAUUCAGAGUGAAUUGCCUCAGCCCCCCACAAUCACCAAGCAGUCCGUGAAGGACUAUAUCGUUGACCCAAGGGAUAACAUCUUCAUCGAAUGUGAAGCCAAAGGGAACCCCGUUCCCACUUUUUCCUGGACACGGAACGGGAAGUUCUUCAACGUGGCGAAGGACCCCAAGGUGUCCAUGCGGUGGCGGUCGGGGACGCUGGUCAUCGAUUUCCACAGUGGGGGACGGCCGGAGGACUACGAGGGCGAGUACCAGUGCUUCGCCCGGAAUGACUAUGGCACUGCUCUCUCCAGCAAAAUCCACCUUCAGGUUUCCAAGUCUCCCCUGUGGCCCAAGGAGAAGGUGGAUGUGAUAGAGGUGGACGAAGGCGCUCCACUCAGCCUGCAGUGCAACCCGCCGCCUGGCCUGCCCUCUCCCGUCAUCUUCUGGAUGAGCAGCUCCAUGGAGCCCAUCCACCAGGACAAGCGCGUCUCCCAGGGCCAGAACGGCGACCUGUACUUCUCCAACGUCAUGCUGCAGGAUGCCCAGACCGACUACAGCUGCAACGCGCGCUUCCACUUCACCCACACCAUUCAGCAGAAAACCCCCUACACCCUCAAGGUGAAAACCAAGAAACCCCAUAACGAAACGUCUUUACGAAAUCACACUGACAUGUACAGUGCCCGAGGGAUUACGGAAACAACUCCCAGCUUCAUGUAUCCGUACGGGACCUCAAGCAGUCAGAUGGUGCUCAGAGGGGUGGACCUCUUGCUGGAGUGCAUUGCUUCAGGAGUACCAGCACCAGACAUCAUGUGGUACAAGAAAGGAGGAGAGCUCCCAGCAGGCAAAACCAAGCUGGAAAACUUUAACAAGGCUCUUCGUAUCUCCAACGUCUCCGAGGAAGACUCCGGGGAGUAUUUCUGCUUGGCAUCGAACAAGAUGGGCAGCAUCCGCCACACGAUCUCGGUGAGAGUGAAGGCUGCUCCAUACUGGUUGGAUGAACCCCAAAACCUCAUUCUGGCCCCUGGCGAGGAUGGCCGGCUGGUGUGUCGCGCCAACGGGAACCCCAAGCCUGCGAUACAGUGGCUGGUGAAUGGCGAACCUAUAGAAGCUUCUCCCCCCAACCCGAGCCGAGAGGUAGCUGGAGACACCAUUGUAUUUCGAGAUACCCAGAUCGGCAGCAGUGCCGUGUAUCAAUGCAACGCGUCCAAUGAGCACGGCUACCUUCUUGCUAAUGCCUUUGUCAGUGUCCUGGACGUGCCUCCACGGAUACUGGGCCCCCGCAAUCAGCUCAUCAAGGUGAUUCAAAACAACAGGACCCGACUUGACUGCCCCUUCUUUGGCUCGCCAAUCCCCACCCUGAGAUGGUUUAAGAACGGCCAGGGGAACACACUGGAUGGAGGAAACUACAAGGCGCAUGAGAAUGGGAGCUUGGAGAUGAACAUGGCUCGGAAGGAGGACCAGGGUAUCUACACUUGCGUCGCUACCAACAUCCUGGGUAAAGCGGAGGCCCAGGUUCGCCUGGAGGUCAAAGACCCAACGAGGAUUGUGAGAGGACCAGAAGAUCAAGUGGUGAAGAGGGGCUCCACGCCUCGCCUCCACUGCCGUAUAAAGCAUGACCCUACGCUGAAACUUACAGUCACGUGGCUCAAAGAUGACGCACCCCUGUACAUUGGAAACAGGAUGAAGAAAGAAGAUGAUGGUCUGACAAUACAUGGCGUGGCUGAAAAGGACCAAGGGGAUUACACCUGCAUAGCUAGCACUGAGCUGGACAAGGACUCAGCUAAAGCGUACCUCACUGUACUAGCCAUCCCUGCUAACCGUUUGAGAGAGUUACCGAAAGAACGACCCGACCGGCCCCGUGACUUGGAGCUGACAGACCUGGCCGAGAGGAGCGUGCGGCUGACGUGGAUUCCCGGCGAUGACAAUAACAGUCCCAUCACAGACUACAUCGUCCAGUUUGAGGAGGACCGGUUCCAACCUGGCACGUGGCAUAACCACUCCAGAUACCCCGGGAGCGUCAACUCGGCCGUGCUGAGCCUCUCUCCUUACGUCAACUACCAGUUUCGGGUGAUUGCGGUGAACGACGUGGGCAGCAGCCUGCCCAGCGUGCCCUCCGAACGAUACCAGACCAACGGGGCACGUCCUGAAAUCAACCCAACAGGAGUUCAAGGUGCAGGGACUCAAAAAAACAACAUGGAGAUAACCUGGACGCCUCUGAAUGCAACUCAAGCUUAUGGGCCCAACCUCAGGUACAUCGUGAGAUGGAGGCGAAGGGACCCCCGCGGGAGCUGGUACAAUGAGACAGUGAAGACACCAAGGCAUGUCGUCUGGAACACACCCAUCUACGUACCCUACGAGAUCAAAGUGCAGGCAGAGAACGACUUUGGCAGAGCACCAGAGCCCGACACUGUCAUCGGCUAUUCAGGGGAAGAUUAUCCCAAGGCUGCGCCUACAGAUGUUAGGAUAAGAGUUUUAAACAGCACUGCCGUUGCUCUGACCUGGACCCGAGUGCACCUGGACACCAUCCAGGGACAGCUCAAGGAGUACAGAGCCUAUUUCUGGAGAGACAGUAGUUUGCUGAAGAACCUGUGGGUCUCCAAAAAACGGCAGUAUGUGAGUUUUCCUGGAGACCGAAACCGGGGCAUAGUGUCCCGGCUGUUUCCUUACAGCAACUACAAGCUUGAGAUGGUUGUAACCAACGGGAGAGGAGAUGGGCCACGCAGUGAAGUUAAGGAGUUCCCCACACCAGAAGGAGUGCCCAGCUCCCCCAGGUACUUAAGAAUCCGACAGCCAAAUCUGGAAAGCAUCAAUCUGGAAUGGGAUCACCCAGAGCAUCCCAAUGGAAUCCUCACAGGAUACAACCUUAGAUAUCAAGCCUUUAAUGGAUCCAAAACGGGCCGAACCCUGGUAGAGAACUUCUCUCCCAAUCAGACAAGGUUCACCCUGCAGAGGACAGACCCCAUCUCGCGCUAUCGCUUCUUCCUGCGAGCACGGACCCAGGUGGGAGAAGGAGAAACCAUAGUGGAGGAAUCGCCUGCCUUGCUGAACGAAGCCACGCCAACCCCAGGUACCGUACCAGCUGGAGGAGCUGCAACCGGGUUGCCUCCAACUACAAUCGGUCUAACCAGUACUACAACAACCCCAACUACCACCACCACCGACACAACUACCACAACUACCGACACAACUACUACCACCACCACCACAACUACCACCACUACUACAGCCGCCACCACUCUACCCGCCACCACCGCCGCAACCACUACAACAGCUACAGAGAGGGCUCCGGCAGCCACCACAAAGCAGGAGUUGGCCACCAAUGGAUCGUCCAUAUGGGACAUAAGAGCUAUGGCUAAUAGUAACUGGGCAAACAUCACCUGGAGCCACAAUUACUCUGCAGGAACUGACUUUGUGGUUAAGUAUAUCACCAGUAACAAGACAGAGAAAUCUAUCCCUGUUAAAGCUCAGACCCCUUCCUCUGUGCAGCUGGCGAAUCUGACGCCGGGAAUGAUGUACAAGCUGUGGGUGUUCCCCAUAUGGUCUAGCCCCAGCGAACACUCGUACAUAACCUUUACCACCAGCUCAGCUUAUACCAAGAACCACGUGGACAUCGCAACGCAGGGCUGGUUCAUCGGGCUGAUGUGUGCCAUAGCUCUCCUGGUCCUUAUUCUGUUGAUUGUCUGCUUCAUUAAGAGGAGCAGAGGUGGGAAAUACCCAGUACGAGACAAUAAAGAUGAGCAUCUAAAUCCCGAAGACAAGAACGUAGAAGACGGGUCGUUCGACUACAGGUCUCUUGAAAGCGAUGAAGACAACAAACCCCUGCCAAACAGCCAGACCUCCUUGGACGGCACGAUAAAGCAGCAGGAGAGUGACGAUAGCUUGGUGGACUAUGGAGAGGGGGGCGAAGGGCAGUUUAACGAGGACGGCUCCUUUAUCGGCCAGUACACGGUGAAGAAGGACAAAGAAGAGACUGAAGGCAACGAGAGCUCAGAAGCCACCUCCCCAGUCAAUGCUAUCUACUCAUUGGCAUAGCGCAAUGCACUGAAACCACAAACAGCCCGAGGUGUUUGUAGUGGAUGGGGGUUAAACAACAGCCGCCGCCGCCACUACCUCCAACAGAAACGUGUGAAUGAAACCAACCAACGAUGACAAAAAAAAAAAAAAAAAAAAAAAAGAAAAAGAAAAAAAUCCAAGCAAACAGGCAGACCAGGUGGCUGCCGAUGCCAUCUUAUCCUUAGCAAACAAGCAAACGGCAAGGACUCCCGGGGCAGGGUGGGGGGCAGAUGGGUUGUAGCUGUAGCUGAAAUCUGGGCUGAGCCAGAGGGGCUGGAGGAGGAGCGGGAUGCUCGAGCUGCACCCCAGCUUCAGGACUGGCCCCAGCACCCAGAGCCAGCCCGGCAGGGGCUACGCGAUGGGCUCGGCCACCCAGGCUCCCCGAGGCCCUUUUUGUUCUUUUGGGAGGGAGUUAAAAAUUCUUCUUUUUAAUCUUUACAGGAAGGUUCCAGAUAAGAGGGGGAGGGGGGGAAAAGAGAAAAAAAAAAAAAGUUUGGGGAGGGAAGAGAGGUGAGCGGGGCCUGGGCAGAGCAGCAAAAGCAGCAUAAAUGCAUGAAAGAAGGAAAGUGAUGGGUCUUUGGGUAACGACACCACAGCACUGUAUUACUACGAUGUCCAUCCUCACGGCAGCACCUUGCCCAUAGCCUCUCCCAAACUAGUCGGCACCGCAACCUCCUUUCCGAAAGAUCAAGCAGCACCUACACAGGGAAGAACAGGUCCCCGCCACUUCCCUUGGCACCGUAACCCGCAUCGGUAGCUGAGGCUACAUGGUCCGUCCCCCCUGCAACGCCCAUGGGGAGGUCACCCGCCACCCCCACGGGACUCCAGAGCAUCCUCAGAGGACAAGAGGUUGCAGAAAAGCUUGUGGGAUUUGUGGAAGGACAGUCAGGUGCCGCUCACCCGCCGAGCCCAGGAUAACAGCAUUGCUUGCCUGGGUAAUCGCAGGCAAAUCAUUGUGGUUCAGUCUUUGCUUUGUAAGAAUUUGGUGGGAAACUGCCCCCAGACCAUGCCUGCUUUCUUUUAAAGGCAACUCCAUAUAUCUUAUGUAGCAAAGAGGCAGUGGAAGCAGGACCAGUAUUAACAUCGGAUGAGGGGACCAGAAAUCACUUAAAAAAAAAAAAAAAAAAAAAAUCAAAGCCACCUGGUCAGGAUGAGAAGCACCCACCAGGAUGGGGUGGAGGAUCCCCUGCUAUCGCCCCGCACCACAGCUCCCAAUCAGCAGCUUGAACAGUUCAGGGAUGUGCAUCCCUCGGGAGACAGGGAGGAAGGCACGUGGUGGGAGCGCAGGACCUGAGGUCCACAUCUUCCCCAGGCACCAGGGAUGAGCCAGAUCGACAGUGUUUUCCACUAAACUCCCCUCCUCAUUUCUGACAGUGGCCUUUUCCCCCUCCAUCAAUCAGCCUGAGUGAGACCCUUCCACGAGCAAGCGCCUGCACCGUGGGACUCCCCUCCGCUGUCUUAUUUACAUAUCAAGACAACACGCGAUUUAAGUUAACCCGUUAACACACUGUAACAAAGCGUCUUGGAUAGGAGUGCUCCUUCACAUGCCUUACACAGCUUCAAACUUCCCAUGAAGUUUAAUAAACUGAUACUAUUCCCCCACCGCUUACAUGCCCCCAACGCGAUGGUCUUCGAUCCGCCAGAGCAGUAGGAGUAGGAUGCCUGGGCAGCUCUCCCAGCUGAGACAGCAUGGAUCAUUGUAGAAGGUAGAGUUUUAUAAUAGACCGUACUUAGUGGCCAACGCCAUGUGUAUUCUCCCACUUCCUGCACUUUCGAAACCAAAGGUACCUUCGCUGAGAGAGAUCGGAUUUCUUCAGACCGUUUCACAGACGGCGAACGACGUUAGGAUGGAUUUUUCUUUCAUUUCUUUUUCUAAGGAGGAUGUUUUUGUUCAGCAUAAUGGAUUAAAUGCAAUAGGAUUAAUGCAAUUAUUCUUUUAGCUUUCAAGCUGGUUUGCUAUGAAGAGAUAUUGCUAACAAGAAUACUUCUACUAAUAUGGAUUGUCGAGAUGGACUUUGCCACAUUCUUUAAGCUGCUAAUGGCACAACUAUCCUGCACCUCGGGGAAGAGCCUGGACCCGGUCAGCACCCGUGCAGCACCUACUGCUGAAUCACACAGAGAAAACAGGAGAAAGCUGGAUGGAAACCAAACAGCAAAGGAGUUACAUGCACCAUAUAAGCCAAGGAGGGUUUAGGAUGGUGUUAACAGGCAGGGCCCCCUCCUAGAGCUGGGGGAGCUCCUGCUACCCCAGGGCAGCGCUGGGAUGUCCCCUUUCCACCGCACAGGAACGCAUCUGCCAGGGUCCUCCGUCUGUGUCAUCUUACAGAGUAGGAGCCAUACGUCUUGCUCUGUUACCGUCAGUGUAAAUGCAUUCAUGCAACAAGCCUAUUUCUACGGCUGACACUCGCCACUGAUCCGGUUUAAGGAGAGCAUCUCCCAGCCCCUUCCCGGGACACACAUUCCGUUUUUAAGCAAACACACGAAGCCAAGUGUAACGCAGCCCUUGGUCACGGGGAUAAUCGCUUCCCAAGCCUACGGCUGUCCUUACAACGUUGAGUUUGCAUAACUUCUUGCCUAAGCACUGGUGGAAAUGAGGAGAGAAAGAAACUACAGCCUCCGCUGCAGAAAAGCCUCUGCCACCAGAGCUGGGCAUCUUCAUUCACACCCAGCACAUCAGAUCCUCGCUGCUUUGUGGGCCAACAGCUAACAGGGACCACAAGACCCUUGGCUAACAUGCAACACGUCCAAACCACACGAAAGUUGGUCAGGCAUUACUGGAAGCAGGGCAGUCUGUGUCAUUUAUCUGUAUUACGUGCCAUUUAUAUUAAAGCCUGCAUUUUUGUCCUGUCAUUAACCACCAUUUUACAGAGCAAACCUCUUGGCAUCUAUUUGGAAACGAGAAGUGUUUCACCCUGUAGCUUUGCAGCGUGCGCCCUGCGGCAUGCCUCGGCAACUGGGGAAGGAAGGAGCUGGACCCAGCCAGUCCUGUUCUUGCCCCAAAAAGUCUUGCAAAAACAUUUAGAGUCCUACUACCACAUUACUUUAAGUAACCAGAAAAGGAAGGAGAUCUCUGCAGAGGACCCCGUGGACAAAGAGCUCCACGUAAGUUACUUGUAGCCUUGUAGUGUAAAAGUUACUCAAAAAUUAUAAGGUAUAGUCAAAAUUUCAACAUUUCUUUGAAAUUUCCCCUAGCAUUUUGGAGCCCCAAGAAAAUUCUCACUAAGUUCAAAACUCAUCCUGAGCUUAACAUUUUUUACUCCCUUUAUUAAAGAUUCAGUAGACGUUUGGACGUGCAGUUACUGCGUCGCAGGGAGCAAAGCCCUCGCUUGCUCCGACCACCAAAAGCACCGCAGCUCUGACAGGGUGACCCCACGCCACCCCAAAACGCAUUUGCCCCCCAGAAAUAGCCAGAGCCAGGCUGCACCCACACGGGCAUUGUGGCCACGCUUCUGCCGAGCGAGAGUCCUCUGAGCCCUAGGAGAUGGACGGAGACCCCGCACGAGGACCGGUGGUGCUGAGGGGUCUUGCCUGCCCGUCUCUGCCCGUUUGGCUGUGCGCCGUGCUGGCGGUUGUCUCUGCCUGUCCCCAGCGUCACCCUGCGGGAGCUGCUUUGCUUCUCCAUCCCCAGCUGUCCCUCUGCGGAGGGGACAGGCCAGUCACCUCAUCUCCCGCUACCUAUAGCGUAACCCCCAGGAUUAGCAGAGAUGCUUGGGAGGGCUCUGUAUCAGCCACCCUCUGCUUGAAGGGCAGGACCCCUCCUAAGGGGUCAGUCUCCAUCACAGGGGCAACUGUCCCUCACUGGGAUCUGCACAGCCUCUCUGGAGCAGGGCACACUUUCACCUUUUCUUUUCCAGAAGAUGCAUCUUCAUAAAGGGUUUAAAUUAGGGGCCAACACUUAAUAAAUAAAUAAAUUUUUAAAAAAAGAGAAAGAAGAGCCAGACUGAAAAUCAAGUGCUCUCAGAAGCUGGGGAAAAAGCAGUUCGGGUCCAACUCCCAAGUUGCAAACUUGAGCCUGUUUCUAAAACUGUCUGAGCCAAAACCUCAUCCAUGUUCUGGAGACAGAUCCAGACUCUGCUGGCUGCAUCUGAGCCCACGGACACAGCCUGUCCCUCCCUGACACGCAGCCUUUUGCUAUUUGGAGCCCUGCACAUGUACAACAGCUGAUACGAACCACAGGAGAGCAAGCGUGGGAUACGAGAGGACACUUGCUGUGUUUACAUGAUCUUGAGGCUGCUCCUAUUCUCCCUAAAGUGAUGUUGCAGUAAGAGACAGAAAUGCAGCGGGGAAAAAAUGAGUUUUGGUACAAGCCCUGAAAUCCUGCUCACAGAAACCCCAACUGUCUGGACACCAGGUCAUGACCACAACACACCCCCUGCCAGCAUUGCCUUCUCGCAGAUGACAGACCCCGAGCCCACGUGUUACGGUCAUUUCUAACCCGAGCGAUCGACCUGUCGAUGACAAGCCGCAGCUCCUGCCGCCGUCACGCCAGGGAAGCAGGAUGGGUGCGAGGGCAAAGCCGCACAGCAUCGUCCAUCACCGGCGCCAUGCCCCGUGCCGUGCCUUACCUGGCAUGCAGCACUCGCUCCAUCCACGCCACCGGCUGUCCUGGCAAGUCCCGACGCCUCUUCUCGGUGUGCAGGUCCCAGCAGAGCUGCGAGUUCAACCUGCAAUGUAACGUCCGUCGUACCAGGCUUAAUUGUGUACUAGCAGCAAACAAUUUCAGUUAAGCAAUAAACAAACCUUGUAAAAAAAAAAAAAAAAAAAAAAAGAAGAAGAAAAAAAAAGACCAUGUUCUAUUUCUUGCACUAAGACCUGUUUUAUUAACAAGAAUAAUGAUGCUUUUCUGGUCCUAACAAAAUAACCCACCGCAUCAGUAGCUUCCCCCUUGCCCAGCAGCGCCUGUCUCUCCACGUCCUUCGCAAGUGGGCAUCGGGCUUUGGUUGUCAAAUGCAGUCUAAACCCUGUGUCAAACCCACAGAACAGACUCCUUCCUUUGCAGUACAGAGUUUUAAAUGUUUGUUCCUCCUGCUCACAUCAGAAAGAAAGUAUUGGAUUGUUUGGUUUUUCUUUAAUUUGUAAAUAUAUCGCCAUCCAUCCAUCCUCUCUGUAAAACCUCCUGGUUGUUCUAAAGUAUUCUAUGUAUUUAUUUGCCUUUUUUUAAAGCAAAAAACAACACCUUUGUGUUAACCCACUUGUUCCAAUGAGAAAUGUAUAGCUGAAGCUGUAAAAUUAACAGUUUACAGCAACAAGAUUUAUGGACUACAAAAAAAAUGUUUAAUAUGAGGACUUAUAAACCGACUGCAUGAGAGAUGAAAGAAGGCCAAAAUAUUCAGAUAUCAUUUUUUUGAAUCACUGUAAAAAAGAAAAGACUGGAUUUUUUUGUAUAGAGAACACUAAACAUAUAAUAAAACAUUGUUCAAAACUCA